AUGGAGUCGAAGCUUCGAGUCCUCUCGCCACAAUUGAAGACAUUCAAAAACGCCUUACUCGUCCUCAACAAUCAUCGUCCACUGUCAUCGCAAUCUCACCUCAUCUAUGUUUUUCGUAAUUGCAGAUCGAAUGUAGAUACAUCUCCAUUACAGAAACGGAGAAAACUUACUCGUUCUCCUCAUCAGCAAUUGUCGUCCUCUGUUAUCGCAUCUCAUAUGUAUGAAUUACAGCAGGAUAACUCAACGAAUGUGGAUUCAUCUCCAUUACAGAAAAGGAGAAAAUCGAUAGCUGUUAAAGUGAGGUUAGAAGAUUACUUCGAUCUAUCUCUCCUCUCUGCAACUCGCGCAAAAAUGAACAGCUUUCUGAAGAAACAAAGUAGAAAGAUGAAAUUGAAAAGCGAAUUCGAGGAAUUUGUGUGGCCUGCAGAAGGAGAUCAUCAUGAUUCGGAGUUAUACUCAGAAAAUAAUAGUAGAAGAACAGAUGAAGCAAUUGUUGAUCUCAAAAACGACAACGACGAUUCGUUCGGGGACGGUGAAGAUAAUCAUGUAUGUUGCGUGGAUCCGUUUCAACGGUUUGAAUCAACGGCACUGAUGAGAUUCAAGAGAUGAUCAAAAGAAAUUGCGUUCGAGAGAAAGAGGUAAGUCAGAGCA